UUGUUCCUUCUUAUAUUCGCGCAACCCUGGCAAAACAACAGCUAGCCUGCUGUUAGCAUUCAUAUUGCUUACGAGUAAUUAAAGGCAAAAAAAAUGUUUAAUUAACCUGCGUAUUUAGUGUCGAGUGUCGUUAUUUGUGUCUGGGUAAUACGAAACGCAGAAAAUAUUGCAGUAAUCGCAGCUACUGACGAGCCGUUAGCCAAACUGCUAGUUAAGUUUAGCUAACAUAACAACAAAGAUGGGUUCUAUCCUGAGUCGCAGAAUCGCUGGUGUCGAGGACAUCGAUAUCCAGGCUAAUUCGGCUUACCGAUUUCCUCCAAAAUCUGGGAAUUAUUUUGCAAGUCACUUUUUCAUGGGAGGAGAAAAAUUUGACACGCCGCAUCCAGAGGGAUACCUUUUUGGAGAAAACAUGGAUCUGAAUUUUCUGGGAAAUAGGCCAGUGCAGUUUCCAUAUGUGACACCAGCACCCCAUGAGCCAGUGAAAACCCUGAGAAGUUUGGUCAACAUUAGAAAGGAUUCUUUGCGUUUGGUCAGGUAUAAAGAUGACUCUGACACACCAGUGGAGGAUGGUGGGAAACCCAAGGUUCAGUAUGGUAUCGAGUUCACCUUUGAUGCUGAUGCUCGGGUGGCCAUCACACUGUAUUGUCAAGCUUUUGAGGAAUUCUCCAACGGAAUGGCAGUGUAUAGUCCUAAGGAUUCAGCAAUGGUGUCUGAGACUGUCCAUUAUAAGAGGGGCGUGAGCCAACAGUUCUCUAUGCCGUCUUUCAAAAUUGAUUUCAGUGAGUGGAAAGAGGAAGAUCUGAACUUUGACCUGGACAGAGGAGUAUUUCCUAUGGUUAUCCAAGCUGUGGUUGACGAAGGUGAUGAUUGUCUUGGUCAUGCUCAUGUACUUCUGGCAGCCUUUGAAAAACAUGUUGAUGGCAGUUUCUCUGUCAAGCCUCUGAAACAGAAGCAGAUUGUGGAUCGUGUGAGCUACUUAUUACAGGAGAUCUAUGGAAUUGAGAACAAAAACAACCAAGAAACCAAACCAUCAGAGGAUGAGAACAGCGACAACAGCAACGAGUGCGUCGUCUGUCUGUCUGACCUGCGGGACACACUCAUCCUGCCCUGCAGACAUCUGUGUCUCUGCAACUCCUGCGCAGACACUUUGCGUUACCAGGCCAACAACUGUCCGAUUUGCAGACUGCCCUUCAGGGCCUUACUGCAGAUCAGAGCUGUGAGGAAGAAGCCUGGCGCGCUUUCCCCUGUGUCCUUCAGCCCUGUUCUGGCUCAGACUAUGGACCAUGAUGAGCACUCAGGCUCGGACUCUGUUCCUCCUGGCUUUGAACCCAUCUCACUGUUGGAGGCUCUCAACGGCCUGCGGUCAGUAUCUCCUGCCAUCCCGUCUGCUCCCCUCUAUGAUGAAAUAAACUUCUCAGGGGGGCUCGGAGGUGACAGCAGGCAGCUGAGCUCCCCAGAGCAUUUAAGUGACGGUAGUCUGCAGAAAGGCAAAGUCAGCAAGUCUCCUGACAGCACCCUCAGGUCUCCUUCCUCGCCCAUCCAGGAGGAGGAUGAGGAGAAGCUCUCAGAGAUGUCUGAUGCUCAGCCACACAUUUUGCUGUCCAGCAGUCCUGCUCCCACAGAGGCCACAGCAACUGAGGACGCAGCAGAGUCCUUGUCUCCAGACGACGACGACAGGAUGCAUUCUGGGGGAGACAUCCUACAAGACUGCAGCAGUGAGCACAGCAGUUUGACCAAAACGGAGAGUGACCCACCGGGUGACCUGUCACUGCCAGCUCUAGGUCCUGAUUCCUGCUCUGUUGGUAUGGAGGAAUAACUGUGGCUCGUCAGCAUCGACAGAAAGCUUGAAAAGUCAGAGCACAAACUGUUCCAGCCAGCCCCUCCUCAGUCCCAUGAGCAGCCUUCACAUGGAGGAUGAACACUUCAACCCUUAACCCGGCCUGUCCCUCCACUGCAUCCGAUCAGCUUUGUCCUUCAUUGAGACUUCUACUUCUGUGGUGAGUCAGCAAUGAUCCAGCACUGAAGUUCACCACGACAUGAUGGGACUCCGACUGAAAGAUAUUUCAUUGCUUCAGCAUUGGUAGUUUAACUCCUCCACCUUGUUCAUAAACUAUGUAUGAUUUGGGGAGGGAGGUUGGUCCUGCAAACAUUUCAUUGACUGUCAGAGGUGUGUGUCGUGAUGUGGAUUUCAGAAACAUUUUUCUACCUGUUAGCGUAGUGUGUUUUAAGCACAAUUACUUUGAAUCAACUGCUAAACACAAAAUUCUGGCAUUUCUAAGUACAAUUAGGGCCCUAUCUUGACCUGUGACAUACAGUCUAAGGUGUGUAGUGCAAGUCCAUUAGCAGCGUAGCCAGCUGAGUUUUGGUAUUUACUCUGCAUGAUAUUUCAGCACAAACUAGGAGACAGGGUGCAAAGGGUUUGGAUUCAGCCAUAUAAUUAGUGAUGGGCAUGUUUUGGGUAUAACAUAAAAUCAAGCAUUAUCAUCCAUCAUUCUCUUUAAAGGCAGUGACACAAUGGAGAGACUCUGGUUAACCGUGAAUUUACGGUCAUUCAGCCCUGAAAAUUUGCAUUCAAAUAGUACAGCAGACUGUUAUCUUAUAUGUACAUUCUGCACCUGUGUAAACUCUGCGUGACAGUAGGGGAGUGCUAAUCAAGGUCUUCAGAGGAGUACUCACUGCGAUCUGUCAUCUGCAGCAAAGGUAAGAUAACUGUUCACGCUGAGUCAAACUGAAAGCUACGCUCAUGCCCUGCAGUCUCAUGCAGACAGAUUUUGUGUUUUUCCGUUAAGACAUAUUGUAAUGAUGUAUUAGUAAUUGUCUACAUUUUCAAGGGUACCCCAUGUGAAAAUGUGGCAGAAACCUUUAUCUUUGUGAGGAGGUGGGGUUGAACCUGUUGCUAGUUAUGACGCAGUCCUCUAAGAGCUGUGAUUGGUUGUCACAGAAAGUGGAGGAGAAAUUACAAAAAAAAAACAAAUGCGCUCCACGUUUCUCGACAUGGAUGGACAGUAAAAUCAACUGAACUGCAUUAAGACGUGUAAUCGUGAAAAUAAUUUGUCAUGAUGAUGAAACUCAGUAAAAUUAGAUCUGUUGCACAGCUUGAAAAUGUUUGAAUGAACAUCAUUCACUUGCCAAAUAUCUAUAUACUAAAAGCGUGUGUGAGUUUGUUUAGUAAGUUCAUUUUAAGUACAUAAUAUAAUUGUAAAUAUGCUAAAAAUAUAUGCAUCACAAGGAAGUGAAAACACUUAUUUCAAUUGUGGUACAUUUAAGAAUCAAAUGGCAAAAUAGAAGUAAUAAUAAAAUAAAUGAACAAAAAUAAUACUACUGAUAAUAAAAAUGAUAAUAUUAAGCGUGUAUGUGAUAACAAGAACCAAGACAGUUUAUAAAUACAUAACGACAGUAAAUUAACAUAAAAUAAUUACGUAGAUCAAGCCAGUAGCAUGUUACUAACUCGUCAUCCUACAUACGGAGAAUAUCUGUCCUUCCUCUGUCUUUUCCACCAGCUUGUCUGCUUAAGACACUCUUAGGCUACUUAAAAGUCCUCCUCACAACUUUUAUCAGUUUGGCACCUUAGGAGCCCUUUUAUGGCCAAAGGUGCUUUGCCAUACUUUCAUCUUACUAAGGGAAAAUUCUAAGAAUUCGGGGAAUUCUAAGAUUUUUUUAUUAGAAUAAUGUCACUAGGAGCUAUUUUUAGCCUUAGGCUGCUUUGUCGAUACGGGCCCAGAUUUUAUGCUAGUGUAUGGUGUACUUGCUUUCUGCUGCCAUUUGAUAGCAAUCCACCUGUGCUGCACCGGGCCACUUCCAGACCAACACACCCAUGGGCACACAGAUGAGCAUAAAUGGGGGCUUGAAAUUUAAAUGACAUAGGUGCUGAGCGUGAAAAUGACUUGAUAUUUGCCCUGUCCAGUGCUUUGCACAGGUUGAAUGAUAGGGCCCUUAUUGUUUAAAUGUUAUAUUCACACU